AUGCCUUAUAAGUCUCGCUGGACGAUUGACGUCCCAGAUACUCACCUAGCCUCACUCUUGCUACAGUCGCCCACGGCGACUCUUUCCCAAACACAUUCAGCUUUUUUGGACGCAGCUCGUCCAGAUACCCAUUAUUUAACCACUCAUGGCUUUCGACUCUGGAGCCAGCGGUUUGCCGCUGGACUUCGCAACUCUGGCCUCCAACCGGGAGACCGAGUCUUGUUAUUCUCCGGCAACGACCUCUUCUUCCCGGUGGUAUUCAUGGGUGUGAUCAUGGCAGGUGGAAUCUUCACCGGUGCCAAUCCAACAUUUGUCGCCCGCGAAUUGGCCUAUCAACUCCAAGACAGUGGUGCAACGUAUCUACUCUGUGCGGUAGGAAGCCUAGAGACCGGUAUCGAAGCCGCAAAGCAGGCCAAUCUCCCCCAAGACCGCGUCUUUGCCUACGACAGCUCGAUAUAUGAUGGAAAUACCAGACCCCAAAAGGGUUGUCAGUAUUGGAGCGAUCUUGUGGCCUCCGAGAAAGAAGGUACAGGUUUCUCUUGGGAGGAGCUCUCAACGCCAGCUCUGGCAAGACGCACCCUGGCCUUGAAUUACUCGAGUGGAACAACGGGUCGCCCGAAGGGCGUGGAGAUCUCGCAUAGAAACUAUGUUUCGAAUAUGCUUCAGUACUGUCACUUUGGGACACUGAGCCCAGACUAUAAGAGUCGUCUUGAGCGCUCACGCUGGCUGUGCUUCUUACCCAUGUACCACGCAAUGGCGCAGAACAUCUUCAUUGCAGCUGCGUUGUAUCGCGCGACCCCGGUAUAUGUUAUGCCGAAGUUUGAUUUUGUCAAAAUGCUCGAGUAUACCCAGCGUUUCCGCAUCACUGAUCUCAUUCUCGUCCCGCCCGUUGUCGUGGCAUUGGCCAAGCAUCCUGCUGUCAAGAAGUUUGAUCUGAGUUGUGUGGAGGCGGUCAUGAGUGGUGCUGCGCCAUUGGGAAGAGAGGUCUGUGAAGAAGUUGAGAAGUUAUGGCCUGAGGGGAAAAUCAACAUCAAGCAGGGGUGGGGAAUGACUGAAGCAACUUGCUCAAUUUUGGGAUGGGACCCCUCUGAGAAAAGCACAUCCGCCUCUGUCGGUGAGCUCAAUCCUAAUUGUGAGGCUCGGAUUGUAUCACUUGACGGGCAAGAGGUUGCAGAGCGAAAUACGCGUGGCGAGCUUUGGGUGCGCGGGCCCAAUGUCAUGACAGGCUACUGGCGCAAUGAGAAAGCGACUAAAGAGACUAAGACCGCCGAUGGCUGGCUCCGGACAGGAGAUAUUGCAUUUGUGGAUGAUUUGGGCAAGUUCCACGUUGUGGAUCGCAUGAAGGAACUAAUCAAGGUCAAAGGCAACCAAGUGGCGCCCGCCGAGCUGGAGGCUCUUCUUCUCGAACACCCGGCGAUCGCAGACGUCGCUGUGAUUGGAGCUGUCAUCAAUCAUGAUGAACGCCCCCGUGCAUACGUGGUUCUUUCUCCCGAAAAGUCCGCCACCGCGGAUGAUAUCACGCAGUUCAUCGACAACAAGGUCUCCGCCUUCAAGCGGAUUACAGGCGGCGUGGUAUUCCUCGACGCCAUCCCUAAGAACCCAUCGGGCAAAAUUUUACGGGCGAAAUUGCGUGAGCAGGCAAAAGAGGAGCUCAAGGGUGUCACCGCUAGACUUUAG